AUGUUGAGUCUAUUCCAUGGAUACCCCCACUCACAAGUGAUAUUGAAGACAAAUCAUACUCAGAAUUAUCUGAUCUCUCUUCUUCAGACACACCACAAUACCUUUCAACAGAUGGAAUUUCAGCAACUCCAACUUCUAAUGGUGACCUUGAAACCACAGAAACCGAUUCAGCCAAAGAAUCAGGUUCUGGAAAUGAACCAGACAAUGAAUCAGGAAAUGGUUCUGAAAAUGGAUCUAGUGAAUCGGAAAAUGGAUCUGGUGAAUCUGGUAACGAAUCUGGCAACGAAUCUGGUAACGAAUCUGGUAACGAAUCUGGUAACGAAUCUGGUAACGAAUCUGGUAACGAAUCUGGUAACAGUUCUGGUAACAGUUCUGGUGAAUCUGGAAAUGGUUCCGGUGAAUCUGGUAAUGGUUCUGAAUCAGGAAAUGGUUCCGGUGAAUCAGGAAAUGGAUCCGGCGAAUCUGGUAAUGGUUCUGAAUCUGGUAAAGGUUCUGAAUCAGGAAACGGUUCUGGUGAAUCUGGAAAUGGAUCCGGUGAAUCUGGUAACGAAUCAGGAAACGGUUCUGGAGAAUCUGGUAACGAAUCAGGAAAUGGCUCUGGUGAAUCAGGAAAUGGCUCUGGUGAAUCAGGAAACGGUUCUGGUGAAUCUGGAAAUGGAUCCGGUGAAUCUGGUAACGAAUCUGGUAACCGUUCCUGAUGAAUCUGGAAAUGAUUCAGAUGAAUCUGCAAAUGGUUCAGGAAACGCUUCUGAUGAAUCAGAAACGGUUCUGGUGAAUCAGAAAACGGUUCUGGUGAAUCUGGUAACGAAUCAGGAAACGGUUCUGGUGAAUCUGAUAACGAAUCAGGAAACUGUUCUGGUGAAUCUGGUAAUGGUUCAGAUGAAUCUGGAAAUGCUGCAGGUGAAUCUGGAAAUGGAUCCGGUGAAUCUGGAAAUGGAUCCGGUGAAUCUGGUAAUGGUUCCGGUGAAUCUGGUAACGAAUCUGGUAACGGUUCUGGUGAAUCUGGAAAUGGAUCCGGUGAAUCUGGUAACGAAUCAGGUAACGGUUCUGGUGAAUCUGGAAAUGGAUCCGGUGAAUCUGGUAACGAAUCAGGAAACGGUUCUGGAGAAUCUGGUAACGAAUCAGGAAAUGGCUCUGGUGAAUCAGGAAAUGGCUCUGGUGAAUCAGGAAACGGUUCUGGUGAAUCUGGUAACGAAUCAGGAAACGGUUCUGGAGAAUCUGGUAACGAAUCAGGAAAUGGCUCUGGUGAAUCUGGAAAUGGAUCCGGUGAAUCUGGAAAUGGUUCUGAAUCAGGAAAUGGUUCCGGUGAAUCUGGUAACGAAUCUGGUAACGGUUCUGGUGAAUCUGGAAAUGGAUCCGGUGAAUCUGGUAACGAAUCAGGAAACGGUUCUGGAGAAUCUGGUAACGAAUCAGGAAAUGGCUCUGGUGAAUCAGGAAAUGGCUCUGGUGAAUCAGGAAACGGUUCUGGUGAAUCUGGAAAUGGAUCCGGUGAAUCUGGUAACGAAUCUGGUAACGGUUCUGGUGAAUCUGGAAAUGGUUCAGGUGAAUCUGGAAAUGGUUCAGGAAACGGUUCUGGUGAAUCAGAAAACGGUUCUGGUGAAUCAGAAAACGGUUCUGGUGAAUCUGGUAACGAAUCAGGAAACGGUUCUGGUGAAUCUGGUAACGAAUCAGGAAACGGUUCUGGUGAAUCUGGUAAUGGUUCAGGUGAAUCUGGAAAUGGUUCAGGUGAAUCUGGAAAUGGAUCCGGUGAAUCUGGAAAUGGAUCCGGUGAAUCUGGUAAUGGUUCCGGUGAAUCUGGUAACGAAUCUGGUAACGGUUCUGGUGAAUCUGGAAAUGGAUCCGGUGAAUCUGGUAACGAAUCAGGUAACGGUUCUGGUGAAUCUGGUAAUGGCUCUGGUGAAUCUGGUAACGAAUCUGGUAAUGGUUCAGGAGAGUCUGGAAAUGGUUCAGGAAACGGUUCUGGUGAAUCUGGUAAUGGAUCCGGUGAAUCUGGUAACGAAUCAGGUAACGGUUCUGGUGAAUCUGGAAAUGGAUCCGGUGAAUCUGGUAACGAAUCAGGAAACGGUUCCGGUGAAUCUGGUAACGAAUCAGGUAACGGUUCUGGUGAAUCUGGAAAUGGCUCUGGUGAAUCUGGAAAUGGUUCAGGAAACGGUUCUGGUGAAUCAGAAAACGGUUCUGGUGAAUCUGGAAAUGGCUCUGGUGAAUCUGGUAACGAAUCAGGAAACGGUUCUGGAGAAUCUGGUAACGAAUCAGGAAACGGUUCUGGUGAAUCUGGUAACGAAUCAGGAAACGGUUCUGAAGAAUCUGGUAAUGGUUCUGGUGAAUCUGGAAAUGGAUCAGGUAAUGGAUCUGGAAAUGGUUCUGGUAAUGGAUCAGGUAAUGGAUCUGGAAAUGGUUCUGGUAAUGGAUCAGGUAAUGGUUCUGGUAAUGGCUCUGGAGACGGUUCUGAAAAUGGCUCUGGUGAAUCUGGAAACGGUUCCGGUAGUGGAUCUGGUGAAUCUGGAAAUGGAUCUGGUAAUGGAUCUGGUAGUGGAUCUGGUAGUGGAUCUGGUGAAUCAGGAAAUGGCUCUGGAGACGGUUCUGAAAAUGGAUCUGGUUCUAACAAUGGUUCUGGCAAUGGUUCUGUUACACUUGCUGGUGAUGGAAGUCAAGCUUCUAAUGUCAUGUCAAUUGAUCCAUUUACAUUAG